UUCGCGGCUUUCUCCUUCGCUCUGAGAGGGCAGGUGGCCGCGCCGCAGCGUCUGUCGCCCUGCGACCUGCGAAGACUGGAAGGUCUGUAGGGAGGAUGCCGGGACACCGCGGAGGCCGGGAGAUGGGACUGCUGACAUUCAGGGAUGUGGCCAUAGAGUUCUCUCCAGAGGAGUGGGCAUGCCUGCACCCUGCUCAGCGGAAUUUGUAUGGGGAUGUGAUGUUGGAGACCUAUGAAAACCUGGUCUUUCUGGCACUCCAUAUUAAAAGAAACAAUGAGAAGUCUUUGAAAAGCCCCAAAGAAACCCAGGACUUUGAUAAUAGAAUUGCAUUAAGUGUUGAGCCAAAUAUUUCUGAAGCCCAGAGAUUUAAGAAGGAAGACAGUAAUUCUAAAUGUGAUCAAUUUUAUGGGUCCUUUGUUAAAACUUUAUUAUGCUUUCACAAAAAAAUAAUACCAUCUUGUGCAAAAAUCCAUAAAUGUGAUCCGUAUGAUAAGGUGUGUGCCCAGUCAUCCUUGGCUAACCAAUUUCAAAGAAUAGAUAAUUGGGGAAAAUAUUGUAUAUCCAAUAAAGCUUUGAUAUCCUUUAUCCAGGAUUCUACCCUAAAUAAUUACCAGGAUAUUGACAUUGAUGAGAAAAAUUAUCAAUGCAAUAAACCUGAAAAGACCUUGAACCAAGACUCAUACUAUAGAAAAUAUCAGAAAGUUCAAGAUCCAGAGAUCCAGUACAAAUCUAAAAAUUGUGAGAAAGUCUUUCAUCAAUGUUCAAAGCUUUUUAGCCAUGAAAAUAUCUGUGUUCAAGAGAAUUCCUGUAAACAUAGUGAACGUGUAGAAGCUUUAACUGAAUCAGGGAAACAUUCUCAAUAUCAGGAAAUGAAUAUUGGAGAAUACCCAUACAGGCAUAAACUCUAUAAAUGUAAAGAAUGUGGCAAAACCUUCCAGCGUAGUUCAUGCCUUACUCAACAUCAGAGAAUUCAUACUGGAGAGAAACCCUACCAAUGUAAAGAAUGUGGCAAAGCCUUUUACCGUAGGUCACACCUUACUGAACAUCAGAGAAUUCAUACUGGAGAGAAACCCUACAUAUGUAAAGAAUGUGGUAUAUCCUUUACUCAGUUUUCAGCCCUUAGACAACAUCAGAGAAUUCAUACUGGUGAAAAACCCUACAAAUGUGAAGAAUGUGGCAUGUCCUUUUCCCAGUUGGCAAGCCUCAGACAACAUCAGGGAAUUCAUACUGGAGAGAAACUCCACAAAUGUAACGAAUGUGGGAAAGCCUUUAACCGUAAUUCACGCCUUACUCGACAUCAGAGAAUUCAUACUGGAGAGAAACCCUACAAAUGUCAAGAGUGUGGUUUUUCCUUUACUCAGUUUUCAAACCUUAGACAACAUCAGAGAAUCCAUACUGGAGAAAAACCCUACAAAUGUGAAGAAUGUGGCAUGUUCUUUAUCCAGUCAUCAAGCCUCAAACAACAUCAGAGAAUUCAUACUGGAGUGAAACUCCACCAGUGUAAAGACUGUGGCAAAGCCUUUCACCGUAGUUCACGCCUUACUCAACAUCAGAGAAUUCAUACCGGAGAGAAACCCUACAAAUGUCAAGAAUGUGGCAUGUCCUUUACCCGGUCUUCAAGCCUUAAACACCAUCAGGUAGCUCAUACUGGAGUGAAACCCUACAAAUGUAAAGAAUGUGGCAAAGCCUUUAACCGUAGUUCACACCUUAGUGAACAUCAUAAAAUUCAUACUGGAGAAAAACCCUACAAAUGUAAAGAAUGUGGUAUGUCCUUUACUUACUUUUCAAUCCUUACGCAACAUCAGAGAAUUCAUACCGGAGAAAAACCCUUCAAGUGUGAACAAUGUGGCAUGUCCUUUACCCAGUCAUCAAGCCUCAGACAACACCGAGUAAUUCAUACUGGAGAGAAACCCUACAAAUGUGAAGAAUGUGGCAAAGCCUUUAGCCGUACUUCAUACCUUAGUGAACAUCGUAAAAAUCACACUGGAGAAAAACCCUACAAAUGUAAAGAAUGUAGUAUGUCCUUUACUUACUUAUCAUUCCUUAUACGACAUCAGAGAAUUCAUACUGGAGAAAAACCCUUCAAAUGUGAACAAUGUGGCAAAGCCUUUACCCAGUCAUCAAGCCUCAGACAACAUCAGGUAAUUCAUACUGGAGAGAAACCCUACAAUUGUAAAGAAUGCGGCAAAGUGUUUACUUGUAGAUCACAACUUACUCAACAUAAGAAAAUUCAUACUACGGAAACCCUGUAGAUGUAAUACAUGUGAAAAGAGUUUUAUAUAAAAUGUGCAACUUAGAAAUUACCAGAGCAUUCAUAGGAAAAGAAACUUUACUGGUGCAAUAAACAUAAGGAAGUAUUUAACCAAAAUUUAAGUCUAAGUGCAUUAGAGGAUUCACUCAAUUCUGUUACUCAAGUAAAAACUAAAGCACACUUUCAGAUUUUACAUUGUGGAGAAUAAUGUAAA